GCAGCACAUCUCUUUUCAAUAGAGGUCUUUCAAGUCCGGCGCAUGUUUUGUAUCCUCUCCUCUCAAAGCUUCUGACAACUGCCCAAAACACCGGCGUGUCACUGAAAUGGGCCAGCAGGAGCCUCAAUCCUCAUCUCCUGCCUCUUCCCACUGGCUCCCAUAUCCAGCUCAGGUUCGCGGCCUCCUUGCAGCCACACAUUGAUUGCAUGACCCAGGGAUGUCUCGUCCUGCUCCGUCCCCCAUCUACACCCUGAGGGGGGCUGGUGGGCCCCUCAACACCCUCCAUUUUAGCUGCAAUAGAGGGGACACUCCCCUCCUGUUUUCUGGGUCAGGGAAGGGUGCCAUCCACAUGUGGAACCUGAACACCAGGAGAGCUGAGAAGAUUGUAGAAGGUCAUUCUGGUAGCUCGGUCAUCUGGGUCAGCACACUGCAGGCGACGGAUACCCUCAUCAGUCAGGGACGGGACAUGCAGGUCUGUCUGUGGGAUCUGUGCGAAGGUCGUAGUGAGGUGAUGGACUCUGUGUGGACCGGCAGUGUUGGAUUCUGUCAGUGCUCCAUGCUGGAGACGAGCCCUGGAACGCGCCUGCUGGCCUUCGCUGGACAACAGACAGAAGAGAUCAAGAUUAUUGAGCUACCCAGCAAGACCCCGGUCUGCACCCUGGUACCAGACGCUAAGCGGGGGAUGGUCAUGUGUAUCAAAUUGUGGCAGCCAGACUCGGGUCACGGACCACUCCUGGUGGCUGGAUACGAGGACGGUUCCCUGUUGCUGUGGGACGUAACCCAGAGGUCCGUGCUGAGCCAGGCCAAAGCCCACCCCGAGCCCAUCAUGUGCCUGACCUUUGACAUCAAGUGUCUGAGGGGCGUAUCUGGCUCCUCUGAGAACAAACUCUCCGCCUGGACGCUGGACGGACAGAACAACCUGCAGCUCCAGGACUACGUGACGCUGGUCAACCCUGGGGUUUCCCAGCUGUGUAUCAGGGGGGACGGUAAACUUCUGUCGUCAGCGGGCUGGGACCAUCGGGUGCGGAUAUUCGGGUGGAAGAAGCUGCGACCACUGGCAGUUCUUCAAUACCACACGGACAUGGUGCUCAGCGUUGCCUUCUCUGACCACCAGGACCCCAGACAAAGACUGCUGGCUGCUGGAUCCAAGGACCAUCGGAUCAGCCUGUGGUCAAUAUACAAUGAGGGAGGGGACACUGGCUGAGCACAUGAGCUCUGGGAGGACAUCUGGACUUUUAGUUAAUACUUCAGUAAUAGUCCAGUUCAAUGGUUUGAUGACUGGACAAAUGGAAUGUUAAUAUAUGUUGGUACUUGCCUCUUAAUGUUGCCCAGCGUGUGGAAGCAAUGCCCAUAAAUAACAGUGGCUUAUUUGUUGUUUUGUCAUCAAUCAUAUCAUUGCAUGGGGCUGGCUUCCACCUUCUGAUCACAAGGGAACUACAUAAGAACUCUACAGGGACACCUACACUGGCCCUGCAGAGUUGAUUCUAUUUCUGGUAUCAGGAUGGUGAAUAACAAAGUCGUGAUAAAAAAGAAACUCAUUCAAUUCAAUUCAGUAUAUUUUGUAUAGCCCAAUAUCACAAAUUACAAAUUUGCCUUAGAGGGCUUUACAAUCUGUACACAUACGACAUCCCUGUCCCAGGACCUCAUUUAGAAUUAUAGAGGGUGGCUUCUGACAUUUGUCCAUAUCGGUAUGAUUUGAAGCUCAUCUCUCGCACAAUAAGCACAGUCAGUUUAUUAAUUAGCUAGUGUGACUUAAUACGGUUUAACACUGCAUCCUGCUCCAAGAAAAAAGAAACGAGUCAAAUGUGCCUAAUUUCAGGAGGAGCUUAUAUUUACAUGCUCAUCGUACUAUUCUUUCCUUAACAAUUCAAAAAUGCCAUUUCUCAAUUAUUGUGUACAGUUAGCAUAAAAAAUAUUGAGGUCAAUAUUUGUAACUUUCAAAAUAAAAAACUCCUGGUUUUGUUA